GGCGAAGAGGAUAAAAGUAAAAAGUGAUUAGGGUACUAGACAGGUGGACGGAAAUUAUCGAUGACAGUCAGGCUGUGGACAGUGUAUUGUGACUUCAUGAAGGCUUUUGAUAGAGUACCCCACAAAAGACUAUUAGAAAAAGUAUCUAGUUAUCGCAUUGAUGGAAAAUAUCUUGAUUGGGUAAGGAAUUUUUUAACUAAGAGAAAACAGAGAGUUGUGGUAAAUGGAGAAGUAUCUGACUGGAGAGAGGUCACUAGUGGGGUCCCUCAGGGUUCUGUCCUCGGCCCCCUGCUGUUUGUCCUUUUUAUCAAUGACCUGCCUGAGGCAAUUAAACACGACAGUGAGGUAUAUCUAUAUGCGGAUGACACAGAUUUUUAGGAAAAUAGAACGAGAUGAGGAUUGUGACAUGCUGCAGGAGGACCUGGAUGGGAUCAGGGGUUGGACUGAGAAGUGGAUGCUGAACUUUCACCCCAAAAAAGUAAAUACAUGAGGAUAGGAAGAACAAAAGUUGCUGACCAGGGAUAUCAUAUGUACACCACGAUCAAGAAAACCCCUGUAGAGAAGGAUAUAGGGGUAGUCAUCGAUGAUAAGCUGACGUUUUCUGACAUCUAGCUGAGAAAAUCAACAAGGCUAAUAAAAUAGUGGGCAUUAUUAGAAGAACUUUUGUUCAUCUGGAUGCACCUAUAUUCAAGGCUCUGUACACUGCUCUGGUUAGGCCACACCUUGAGUAUGCUAAUCAAAUUUGGUGCCCAUAUCUCAUUAAGGAUAUUGAAGCAGUAGAGAAUGUACAGAGGAGGGCUACCAAAUUAGUACCACAGAUCAAGGAUUUAUCUUAUGAGGAAAGACUAAGGAAAUUACAGUUACCGACACUGGCGUACAGAAGAUCUCGUGGGGACCAAGUGGAAACAUACAAGAUAGUGUGUGGCAUAUAUGACCAGGCAUGUACAGCAGGAAUGUUCCAGAUGAGGGAGGAUGACACUACCCGGGGGAACUCAAAGAAGAUCUACAAAACAAGAGCGAGGCUAAAUCUCAGAAGACACUCGUUCACGAGUAGGGUUGUCAACAACUGGAAUAGUUUACCUGAGUAGGUAGUGAAUGUGGAGACGGUGGAAAAGUUUGAAGCAAAAUUAGAUAAAUACUGGAAAAAUCAACAACAAGUAUAUAAUUUUAGGGCACAAUUAUCCGCCACACAGCUACAGUCUGAGUAGAGAAGAGGCUAUUGAGCUGGAGUCACAGGCGUGGGCCUCUUCCAGAUCAUCUGUGAGUGUUGAAACACAAUGGCGGAAGGAAUGCUCUCUCUGUCAUGGAACAACCACCGCUCUACGUUUUGCCACAUGCUCUCCACUCUGCGCGAUAUGGAGAGAUACACAGAUGUGACUGUAGCAUGUGAAGGAAAAUUUUACCCAGCACACAAGUUGGUACUGUCAACAUGUAGUGAUUACUUCUUAAAAAUGUUUGAGAGAACUCCAUGUAAACACCCAAUCAUUGUGGUUAAAGAUGUGCAGUGUAGAGACAUAGAGGCACUUCUUAGUUAUAUGUAUGCAGGAGUUGUAAGUGUAGCUCAGAAUGAUUUGGCACAGUUGAUCAAGGCUGCAGAGUUAUUGCAAAUAAAAGGAUUGGCUGUGCCUGACGAACCUCCCACCACCAACAAAAAAUCAGCUCAUUCUCGAGGUUCAACUGAUGAUAGAAGCAGUCCACAUCCUAAGAGACAGAGACGAGAAGACAACAAAAGUCCAUCUCAGAAUGAUGGACAAACUUUGUGUUCUGCUGUCUCCUCUCCUCAUUCUUCCCCAUUCAGAAGAGACAGUGAGUACUCACAGGAACAAACAGCCACUAUCAAACACACUAAUAAAGGAAACCAAAGGGUAGACCAAAAAUUAGAGAGAAGAGGAGAUGGAAUUAGAGCAGACCAACUGCCAGAGCAACAUGCCAGUCAAGGGAUUGAAGACAGAAUGGAGUGUCCUGCAGUUACAAAGGAAUCACCUGAGGCUCAAGUUGAGAUGAUGGAUGAUUCAUUAGUUAAGGAAGAAAUAUUGGAACCUGAAAAUGAUGGUGAUGUGUCAGAAACAGGGUUUGAAUAUGGAGCUUUAGUUUCUAACCUCAUGGUUGACAGUGGUGGAGGGACGAAAGAUCAACCAAACCUGUCAGCAUCUUCCAAUUUCAGUCAUCCUCCUGAUGAUGAGCCUUUCGUCUCUCAAGCCGGGCCCUCAGGACUACAAGGGUGGUCUAGUCUGGGUGAUGGUGGUGAUGCCUCAAGUCAAGGUUACUGUGGUGAUCUGAACCAGGAGUUGUCAUUACAAGGUCUUCCUGGAACACAGCCACAACAAACACACCACCUGGUAAGGGAAGACACUGGUGAUGAGGGAACUGUAAGGAGAGAAGUCUUGGGAACCCUAAGGAACCUCACUACAACAGGCAAGAGACAUCAUUGUCCCUACUGUAAUUAUACCACUGAUGUUUCUACGUGUCUUAUGAGACAUGUUCGCACUCAUACAGGGGAGAAGCCAUUUCUCUGUCCUUACUGCCCACAGCGGGUGACACGCAAAGCUACUUUGAUAUCCCAUAUACAUUGUCAUACUGGGGAGAAACCCUUAGCAUGUAGAUAUUGUUCUUAUGUUUGUAGACAAAAGAGUAAUAUGAAUAGACACAUGAAGAAAUAUCAUAUGAUAGAUGUCAGUGAUGAUGAUUCAGUGGACAUAACCAAGUGAUAAGGUUCUCGUUUAUAUUGGUGAUAUUUUUAUUGAACUGCCGGUAUAGAGUAUGUAGAUUAAUGUGAAUAUUCCAAAAAUCAUUUCAGAAGAUCGGAGGUGGAGGUUUUAUUACUACAAAUUGUAUUAUUGUCCAUAACUUGAGCUUUUUAGAAAAAGAUCUGUUGUAUGAAAAGAAGAGUAUAGAAAAAUACAACUUUUGAGAGAGGAAAGGGUUCACAGGCUACUUUACACUACCCUGUAACUGUGUAUGGACACACAGACAUCGAGAGAAAGUACACUGUACUAUAAGUUAAUUUUAUGAAAAACAUAUUUUUUCCUCCCCAACCUUAAGAAUAUGGCAGUCACAACUACUGUACUGUUUGUGUUAUGGUAUGUCUGAUUUAUGAAAAGUGACUAAGCAAACAGGGCUUGAUAUUACAGUAGAGUGAACAGCUAUCGCAAUAUACAAUAUAUCGGUCUAAAUGGGUUCUGCCAUGUUACUGUUACAUAAAUUGCAUUGGUUUAACACUGAAAUAAGGUUUCAAAUCAAGGGACUUGCAGGAACCUAAAGUAGUAAGAUAUUUGUGGUUGUAAGUUUCAGUAUGGCACCAGUUGUUUCAUGGAGUCUAACCCACCAUGAUACUGUGGGUUUGCUCAUCCCAGUUCGCCAUGCUAUCUCUGCAUUACAUAUACCGUCGUUGUGAAGGGCAAUGAUAACACCUCACAUCUUGUGAUGUCUCUGAUUAUUCCUUGCUCCAUUCUAUGUAAGAUCCCAUUGAUGUUUGGCAUAGUGUUGGUAUUCAUUCACAAUAACAACUCCAAUUCAUGUAUUACCUGUACAGGUAUAUGAUCUGAAGCCUCGGAGGAUUCUCAUCAUUCGAAAACAUAUAUACCUGUACAGUACUCAUUCAUGCUCAAAGGUUGCAGAUGUAGAACUACCAACGGUUCAGAAGCAGUUCAAGUGAUAUUGUUCGGAAAGCCUCCAAUCACAUCAACCCCAUGGCUAAUGAUACUAUUUUGUGGGACUGCACCUGUACUAAAUAAAUUCUUUGGUCUUAAAAAUGUAGUAGAGGACCCCAUAAUUAUUGUUAUAGCUGGUCUACCCCAUGUAUGUGCUGAGAUACAUCAUAGUUAUUUCCAAGCCAUUUUAAAGGGCUUGAAGUCACCUGACAAUGUGACAAACAAUAGACUUAAAUUCAACAUCCCCACAUGUUAUGUAAAAAAAAAAAAAAAAAG